AUGGUACAGGUCAGGACACUCUUUGUGAGUGGGCUGCCCCUGGACAUCAAGCCCCGGGAACUCUACCUGCUGUUCAGGCCCUUUAAGGGAUAUGAAGGGUCUCUUAUAAAACUUACGUCUAAGCAGCCCGUGGGGUUCGUUAGCUUUGACAGCCGCUCUGAAGCAGAAGCUGCUAAGAACGCUCUGAACGGCAUCCGCUUCGACCCCGAGAUUCCCCAGACGCUCCGCCUGGAGUUCGCCAAGGCAAACACCAAGAUGGCCAAGAGCAAACUGGUGGGCACGCCGAACCCCAGCACGCCUCUCCCCAACGCCGUACCUCAGUUCAUCGCCAGGGAGCCGUAUGAGCUCACAGUGCCUGCACUUUAUCCCAGUAGCCCUGAAGUGUGGGGGCCGUACCCUCUGUACCCAGCGGAGUUAGCACCUGCUCUACCUCCUCCUGCUUUCACGUAUCCCGCUUCACUGCAUGCCCAGAUGCGCUGGCUCCCUCCCUCCGAGGCUGGUUCUCAGGGCUGGAAGUCCCGUCAGUUCUGCUGAAUGCCAUGUAAGUGCGGCGCCGGCGCUCAGCACCACAGCCGGCCUUUCCCGUGCGCGGGUCGCCGUGGUCCCUGGCUCCGAAUGAGCCCAGAGUGGGUGGGAGGGCACUGAGGAGGCCUCGUGUUGUGCCCCACGCUGAGCCUUGAGGCAGUCGCCGCUUUGGCUUCUCCAAGGGAAGUCCCCUGCUCCCUUGGCCGUGCGCCUGCCUGCUUUCGUCCCCCCGCAGCCUCCUCCAAGGGCGCAGGCCUACAUGCCGGCAGGGACCAGCCCGCCAGGCACUCCUUCCAGUGCUGCUACGGCUGCACGGAGCUGCCUGGUCACGGGGCUGGUGCCAUCUCCAAUGCUUUCUGUGAGCUCACGGCUGUCAUCUCGCCUUCCCCAGCCGUGCUGCCAUGCAGAAGGACAGCACCACGGGGCCUCGGGGACGGUGCCCGGGACUGCUCCAGGCAUACCCAGCGCCGGCG